AUGGGCAGGUUUCCGCCUCUCCUCCUGUGGGCCUCUUGCCUGACAUGUCUUACCCUGAGCAUCUUUGGGCAGACACCCAACACCUUCAGCGACAGAACCAUUGCAUGGCACGCUCUGCACCAAGAGAAAGCUUACAGCCUUGUCCGGCCGGGCAUUGACCUAGACUCCAAAGCCACCUCCAACCGAUCAGAAGACCUCUCUGGAGACGGCGUCAAGCAGGCCCCGCGGCUCUUCACCGUGUGUGCAAAGCGCACGGAGAUCAAGCAAGCCUUUAAGUACAUCAACACCUUUGUAUCCUGCACGAUCUUUGUUGUGGGCAUCAUUGGGAACUCCACCCUCCUGCGGAUCAUCUACAAGAACAAAUGCAUGAGGAACGGGCCCAACGUCCUCAUCGCCAGCCUGGCUCUGGGGGACCUUCUCUACAUCCUCAUUACCCUGCCCAUUCAUGUGUAUAAGCUGCUGGCAGCAGAUUGGCCCUUUGGGGUGGAGGUGUGCAAGUUGAUGCCGUUCGUUCAGAAGGCCUCCGUUGGCAUAACUGUCCUCAGCCUUUGCGCUCUCAGCAUAGACAGGUACCGAGCCGUCGCCUCCUGGAGCCGGAUCCAAGGAAUUGGCAUCCCCAUGUGGAAGGCAGUCGAGGUGACCCUCAUCUGGGCGGUGGCCAUUCUCCUGGCCGUCCCCGAAGCCAUUGCAUUUGACUUGGUCCCAUUGAACCACCACGAGGAGAACCACUUGGUCUGCAUGCUGGCUCCCGAACAGAAUUCCACCUUCAUGACGUUCUACAAGAAUGUGAAGGAUUGGUGGCUCUUUGGCUUCUACUUCUGCCUCCCUCUGGCCUGCACGGGCGUCUUCUACUCCCUCAUGUCGUGCGAGAUGCUGAGCAAGAGGAACGGCAUGAGGAUCGCCCUCAAUGACCACAUGAAGCGGCGCCGGGAAGUGGCCAAGACGGUCUUCUGCCUGGUGGUGAUCUUCGCCCUCUGCUGGUUGCCUCUCCACCUCAGCAGGAUCCUGAAGAAGACCAUUUACAACCCACAGGAUGUUUAUCGGUGUGAGCUGCUGAGUUUCCUCCUCGUCAUGGAUUACUUUGGCAUCAACAUGGCCUCACUCAACUCCUGCAUCAACCCCGUCGCUCUCUACUUUGUCAGCCGGAAAUUUAAGAACUGCUUCCAGUCCUGCCUGUGCUGCUGGUGCCAGAGACCAGCCCUCGGCAUCAUGCCGACUGAUGACAAAGGCUCUGUGGGGAAGUGGAAGGUGAAUGGGCAGGAACUGGGCCUUGACCAAAGCAGCUCCCACCUGAGUAACAAGUACAGCUCUUCUUAG